AUGAAAAACGAGGAGUCCCUGUCGCAGUUGCCAGUCGCAUCAGUCGCAUCAGUCCCUCCGCGCCGGCGCCAUGGCAGCGGUCUGUGCCGAAAAGGGCGCAGGAAGUUGGGGUCCCUGAGGGACCAAGAUCAUGUACACCACACCACACACACCUUCUUUCGCUCACCUCUUUGUUGUGGAAAAGAAACACUAGAGCCGAAUUCAGGUGCAGUGCGAAUUUUUGAGCUGGUCGCACAGUUCCUGGAACAGUGCAACUUCACCACGGCUGCUCAUGCCGUUCUCGCUCAAUGCAGCGAACACGUUCCAGCAUUAGAGGAAGUGCUUCGACGCUUCCGGGGUCACAUUGACCAUUGCGCACUGUUGCUUUCAGACUUGGAGGCCGGAGAAGCGGCCGAAACAUUGGAAGCUGCUUUCAUUCAGGACCUCUUGGACAACCUUCUGCGAAAGCUGAUGGCUUCGGGGCAGUGCUUGUCUGAUGAGAAACUGCUGAGUUGCAUCGAUGCGACCUUGAAGAGCGAUGCCUUUCCCAAGCUGGAUGUGGCGGACAUCGUACUUGAUCCCAAGCAAGUGGACACCAGCAGCAUGCUGAAUAUCAGUGAGGUUGACACCUUUAGGUUUUGGGAAAGCAUUCAAAAAGAAAUGCAGCCACUACCGGAGGCCUCUUAUUCCGCUUGGCUUCACCAGUUAGCAAAUACUAAGAUGGUCAACCACUGA